AUGAAACUCUCCAAUCCCGGCACGGUCCCCGUGUAUACGAUUUCAGGCUCGAACACGGCCAGGCAACUCCCAGAAUGGCUCGCCCGCCGCAGAAAGCGCAGCUUAAAAAACGACGCGGAAUACCAGAGCCGAGUCGAAUUGCUGCAGGACUUCGAAUUCGAGGAGGCCAGUUCCUGUGUUCGAAUCAGUGAAGACGGAGACUGGGUUAUGAGCACCGGCACAUAUAAACCCCAAAUCCACGUUCAUAACUUACCGCAGCUCGGUCUCUCUUUCGCUCGCCACACCAACUCCCUCAACCACAGCUUCAUUCUACUCUCAUCCGACUACACCAAAUCUCUUCACCUGCAAACCGACCGCAGAAUCGAGUUCCACACACCUAUGGGCUGCCACUACGAAGUUCGUUUACCCCGAUACGGCCGAGACAUCAAAUAUGAUCGGACUUCUACUGAAGCACUCAUACCGGCUGUUGGUCUUGGCGCUGAUGGAAAGGGCGAAGUUUUCCGCAUGAACCUCGAGGCGGGUCGCUUCAUGAAAUCCUAUCAAAUCGAGGUUGGCGGUGACGAUGAGCUCACUGGCGGUGGUCUCCAGGGCGGCAUCCAUGUGGGCAGUGUCAAUACAGCAGCCAUCGCAGAGCGUUCGCACAAUAUACUGGCUUUUGGUACAUCAAUAGGCACGGUUGAGUUUUGGGAUCCUCGAUCCAAAUCAAGAGUCGCUUUGCUGGCUGGCCACGACGGAGAGGUCACGGCGCUCGACUUCAAUGAGUCCGGUCUGUCGCUGGCAACUGGAUCAAGCACUGGCAUGGUUCAGCUUUUCGACCUCCGUCGCCCCACCCCCAUGCUGAAGAAGGAUCACGGAUAUGGGUUUCCAGUACAAAAUCUUAAGCACAUGACCACUUCUUCUCAAGAAAAGAAGGUCAUGUCGGCAGAUAAGCGCAUUAUCAAAAUUUGGGACGAGAAGGAUGGCGAGCCUUGGACGUCAGUCGAGCCCGCUGUCGAUAUAAAUGAUGUCGCCUGGUGCAAGGAUAGUGGUAUGCUUCUCACUGCCAACGAAGGCCCUCAGCAGCAUGCCUUCUUUGUACCUCAGCUGGGUCCCGCGCCAAAGUGGUGCUCUUUCUUGGACAAUAUGGUUGAGGAGAUGGCAGAAGAAGUGCGCACAGAGACAUACGACAACUACAAGUUUCUGUCGCUACCCGAACUCAAGCAGCUCAGCCUGGAUCACUUGGUUGGGAAGAGCAAUCUGCUGCGGCCGUAUAUGCACGGUUACUUUGUCGCAUCCAAACUAUAUGAGCAGGCCAAGCUCAUUGCAAACCCAUAUGCAUUUGAGGAAGAGCGGACGAAGCGUGUCAAGGAGAAGAUUGAAAAGGAGCGCGCCAGCAGAAUCAGAGGCAGCAAGAAGGUCAAGGUCAACCAGCGACUUGUUGACAGACUGCUCAAGAAGCAGGAGAACAGAGGCCAGGUUGAUACCAAGGCCGGAUUACUCGGCGACUCCCGUUUCAGCAAGUUGUUCGAGGACGAAGCCUUCAAGGUCGAUGAGACUAGCCGAGAAUUCCAAGUCCUCAAUCCCAGCACAAUUAUCGAUCCUGACCAGCAACCCGAUCCCAAAGCUCCGAAGCGAUAUCAAGCAAAGGAUUCAGACGAUGAAUCUAGCGACGAGGAAGAAAUUCGGGCAGCUCCCAAGAAGACGGAUGAUGUCACUAUGCGCGUCUCCUCCACACAGAACCAUGGACGGCCGCUCAAGGACACAAGUUUGGGAUCAAGACAAGCUGGCCCAGGUCGUCAUUCCAAAUCUCGUGGCGAGGUUGUUGGCGAUCGCGAAGUUACGUUUGUGCCCAAGUCGAAAAAGAAAAACGAGGAAGAGGAGCCUGAGAAGCCUCAAAGACGAUUCAAUGCCGGAAGACGGAGUGCCAGCUCCAAUACGUUCCGCAAGAUGUGA